UGUCAUGUCUAUACGACAUUAUAACCUCAAUUCGGUAUUGUUUGAGAUUUUGCAUUCUAUUAGGAGGAUUUAAUCCAAACAAACUGAAGCGUUUUUUACCUGAAUUGAAAUUUAAAUAAAAUAAUCGAAAAUGUCUUCGCCGGCAAUACCCAAGUCACCAGAAUUGUCGGAUAAAAACAAGAAAUAUGACCGUCAAAUCAGAUUGUGGGGUGAGCGAGGACAAACUCUCCUUGAAGGUGCACAAGUCUGCUUGAUUAAUGUAAACGCACUUGGAACUGAAGUGCUCAAGGGAAUUGUUCUUCCUGGUGUUGGCGGUUUUACUAUCGUAGAUGCCGGCAUUGUUACAGAUGAAGAUAUCGGUUGCAAUUUUUUCUUGGAUCAGUCAAGCUUAGGUCUAUCAAGAGCUAAAGCUGCGAUGCAAUUAUUACAGGAAUUGAAUCCUGAUGUUCGUGGCGAUUAUGUUGACGAAUCAGUCGAAUAUUUGCUUCAAAACAAUCCGGAUUUCUUUCGUGCAUUUAGCGUUGUCGUCGCAUCGUCCAUCAAGGAAACGACAAUCAUUGCAUUGUCCGAAAAAUUAUGGGAAUUAGAAGUUCCAUUCAUAUUUUGCCGAUCAGUGGGGUUCAUUUCAACAGCACGGCUGCAAGUGAAGGAACACUGUGUAGUGGAAUCGCAUCCUGACAAUAAACAGAAAGAUUUAAGACUUCAUCACCCGUUUCCCAGUUUAAAGGAACACUUGGAAUCGUCGGACAUAAGUUUCAAGGUUCCAUGGCUCUGUGUCCUGUAUAAAUAUUGGCUCAAGUGGCGUGGAAACGAUGAAACGAAAAUUCCGAAAACUUAUAAGGAGAAAUUGGAGCUUAAAAAACUUAUCCAGUCGGGAAUGACUAAGGAUGAAGAGAAUUAUGAGGAAGCCGUCGUGGCCGUUAAUUCAUCUUUUGCUGGUGGACGGCCAACCGAUAAUUUACAAAAAAUAUUGGAUGAUGAGUCUUGCAACAAUCUAACAAAACAGAGUAAAUUGUUUUGGAUACUUGUGCGAUCACUCAAGGAUUUCCUUAACGCCGACGGGGAUGGCUGGUUACCUGUUCCUGGCGUCUUACCUGAUAUGACCGCUGAAACUGCUCAUUAUAUCAAUCUUCAAAACAUUUAUCGUUCUCAAGCAAACCAUGAUGCCUCAUUAGUCUAUCAUCGUGCUCAGAAUCAUCUGAAAACACUAAACCUAUCGAGUGAUCUCAUUACCGAGAGUGAUGUCAAACUGUUCUGCCGGGAAGCGGCUACCAUUUCAUUGAUUCGUGGCACCAAAAUUGCUGACGAAUAUGAAAAGUGUACGCAAAACACUCAUUCCAUUGCAUCCGAACUGGAAAUGCCUAACUCACUCAUGGAAUAUUAUGUGGUUCUGCGUGCCUUCGAUCGAUUUCAAUCAGAACAUGGUGGAGUGCCAGGCGAAUGUCACAUAGAAGCAGACACUGCACGGAUUAAGUCGAUUGCAAAUAAACUGUUGUCCGAUUGGGGUGUCACGCAUCCGUUUAGCGAUGAAUUGGCACAUGAAAUAUGCCGGUAUGGUGGCACGGAGAUACACAGUGUGUCAGCUUUUAUGGGAGGAUGCGUGGCUCAGGAAGUCAUCAAAAUGAUCACUCAACAGUAUCAACCGGUAAACAAUACACUAAUUUACAGCGCAAUAACAUCAUCAACGGCCACUUUCCAAAUGUGAAGAAAAGAAAAUGUAAAUAAGAACGACUCACCCUGAGAUCCGAAAGAUGCAUGGAUUUGAUUCAUUCACCCUUUGCAAAUAAAAUUAUCGGUCGACCAAUUAAA